GCCCCUGAAUCACCCCGAAUUGUCCUACCUCUUGUGACCCCAACGUCCAGAAUGGCAAGACUUUUCCCAUGUCUCGCCCUCCUCCUCGCCGUCACCUCACUCGUCAUUUCCGCCGAGGAGGAAAAGGAGAAGGCCAAGCGACAGGAUGAUGGACCUCCCCCAGAUCAGGGUGGUGGUGGUGGGGGUGGUGGUGGUGAACAAUACGCUGCGGAGGGUUCGUACGGAAACAGGAAGUAUGGAACCGUAGUGGCCAACGCCAAGGGAGAGUUGGGUAACGUGGCUGCCAAUGCUGCCUCCAUGACGGGUGGUAAUGUCAUCGCCAAUGCUGUCAACGGUACCCGAACAUCUUCCAUCGCUCUCACCAAAUUUGGCGGAGAUGCUCAGGCCAACGCUAAGGGCUGGGGAGCUGGUGGUUCUCGCUCUAACGCCGUGGCGCAAGGGACGGGUACUUCAAAAUCACAAGCCAUGAAUUUGGGAACCGGUGUGGCGCAGUCCAACGCCAUUUCAAAGGGAAAUGCCGCCUCUGCAUCGACCUUUUCCGCUGGAGGGGGUGGGUCUCAAUCUAACGCUGUUGCCGGAGGAUUGGGUCAAGCCUUAUCCGACUCAGUGGCUCUUAAGGGAGGAAACUCAAACUCCUUUGCGACCGCUAAGGGCCAGGGAGCAGCUAAAUCCAACGCUGUUGGUGCUGGUGGUGGCAAAGUUCAAUCUUUCGCCAACGCUCUGCAAGGAGGUUCCGCCAUGGCUAUGGGUGAAGGCGAUCUCGGCGGUGAUGUCCACUCCAUGGCCAACUCUGCUGCUGGAGGUCACGCAAUUGGUACCUCAGUCAUGAAGGGAUGGGGUCAAUCUCGAGCUGACUCGAUGGCCACGAAAUACGGAAACAGUAACGCAAACGCCUUCCAAUUGGGCGAGGGACAGAGCGCCAAUCCUGAAGAUUUCGAAAAGAUGAUUGAUGAAGCUGUUGCUUCGGAAGGACCCCCGGGUGGUCAGGGCGGUCGUUCCUUUGGAGCUCGACCAGGUCAUCACGGAGGUGGUGGUGGUGGUGGCCGUCGUGGAGGAAAGCGAUAUCACGCACGAGGACACAAACGUGGACACCGCAGACAUUACAGUGAUGAGGAUGAAGAGGAUAGUGAUGAAUAUUAAAAGAACUAAAUUUCCCUUGCUAUAUAUGUCCGUUUAUAUUUAUCUAUUUAUUUUUUCGCUUCCUAUUUAUUCGCUGCCUCAAUAUGAAAAAAAUUAUGUAUACUUUUAAUAAAGAAAAAACAAAAUGGUUCACUCUUAA